AUGGCUGUUGAUGCCUCCUCUUCGAUGUCUCGUUUUACGUACCACGUGUUCCUGAGUUUCAGAGGUGAAGACACUCGGAAAAACUUCACGGACCACCUCUAUACAGCUUUGGUCAAUGCGGGUCUGCAUACUUUUAGAGACGAUGAUGAAAUUGAGAGAGGUGGAGAUAUUAAGUUAGAGCUGGAGACAGCAAUCAAACAGUCAAGAAGUUCAGUAGUUGUCUUGUCAAAAGACUAUGCUUCUUCUGGGUGGUGCCUCGAUGAGCUUGUGAUGAUCGUUGAACGCAAAAGGAACUGUGAGCAUAUAAUUUUCCCGGUCUUUUAUGACGUGGAACCGUCCUGUGUGAGGAAGCAAACUGGGAGUGUUGGUGAAGCAUUUGAUGGGCAUGACAAGCGAUACAAGGCGGAAACUGAUGAAACGAAGAAACAGUAUUUGAGAGAGAAGAUGAAAGGUUGGAGGGCAGCACUGAGAGAAGUUGCUGAUCUUGGAGGUUUUGUCUUAGAAAAUCAAGCUGACAGGCAUGAGUCAAAGUUCAUCAAAAUAAUUGUUCGGGAGGUUGUGAGAAAAUUGGAUUUCAUGGUGCUAAGUGGUACCCCCUACCCAACCGGACUAGAAUCCCGUGUAAAAGAUAUCAAUUCGUGGUUGCAAGAUGGGUCAAAUAAUGUGGGCAUAAUGGUGAUCAAUGGGAUGGGUGGAAUAGGGAAGACAACCAUAGCAAAAACUGUUUAUAACCAAAACUUUGACAGAUUUGAAGGUAGCAGCUUUCUUGCCAAUAUUCGAGAAACUGCAAAAGAACCUAACGGUUUGGUUCGUCUUCAGAGACAACUUGUUUCAGAUAUUCUGAAGCGGAAAAUGGAGCGAAUAUACAGCGUUGAUCAAGGAGCGCCUUUGAUUAAAGAUGCUUUGUGCUGUAAAAGAGUUAUAGUUGUCCUUGAUGAUGUGAAUCAUUUGGACCAAGUAAACGAUUUAAUUGGGAUGCAAGACCGGUUUCAUCCAGGAAGUAAGAUUGUGAUAACUACUCGACAUGAGCAAUUGCUAAAGGCUGAUGAAGUUUUUGAUAUCACAGUAGAGGAAUUGAGUGAUGAUGAAGCACUUUGUCUUUUCAGCAGGCAUGCUUUUGGACAACACAAACCUAUUGAACAGUACAUGGAGCUGUCAAAAAGGGUUAUUCAUUAUUGUGGUGGUCUUCCAUUAGCUCUUCAGAUUUUGGGCUCUUCUCUCUGCGGCGAAACUGUUGAUGUAUGGGAGAGUCAAUUACAAAAACUAAAAACUCAUUUGCCUGAGAAAAUUCAUAACGUGCUUAAAAUGAGUUAUGAUCCCUUAGAUGAUCAUGAGAAAAAUUUGUUCCUCGAUAUUGUUUGUUUCUUUGUUGGAAAGGACAAAGAUUACACACUUGAAAUACUUGAGGAAUGUUAUUAUCCUAUUAUGGUUGGCUUCCAAAAUCUAAUUCGUAGGGGUCUUGUAAAAGUUAAUAAAAAGAACAAGCUUUUGAUGCACCAAUUGCUCAGAGAAAUGGGCAGGGAAAUUAUUCGGCAGGAGUCCCGGAAGCAACCUGGAAAGCGCAGCAGACUUUGGUAUCAUGAGGACGUUUUCAACGUGCUGAGGGAUAAAUCUGGAACUGAAACAAUUGAAGGCCUUAGCCUCAACAUGGAUGAUUUGACAUUUAAGAGAUCAAAAAAUGUACAAAAAACCCAGUUGGAAGGUUUUCCUGGCGAACUGAUGCUGCUUAAUGAAGGAAAUUCGCCUAAGCGAUAUCGUCUAGGCUUACUCUCAUGGUUGCCCAUGGUCCAUGCCUUAGUAGAACCACUCUCAGAACCAGAUGAAGCAGAUUUGAAAACUGAUGCAUUUUCACAAAUGCACAACUUGAGAUUUCUCCAGCUUAAUAAUGUAAGACUCACCGGAGGUUACAAAGAAUUUCCUAAGAGGUUAAGAUGGUUGUGUUGGCGUGGCUUCUCUUCAAAAUAUAUACCUAAUGAUUUUCCUUUGGAGAGGCUGGUUGUUCUUGACAUGCAGAAUAGCAGCUUGGAACGAUUGUGGAAGAGAACCAAUGUGCUCAAGUCAUUGAAAAUUCUUGAUCUCAGUUGCUCUAAUGGCCUUACCAGCUCCCCUGACUUCUCACAGCUUCCUAGUCUUGAGAGACUGAUUCUUAAAUAUUGCAAAAGUUUGGUCACGGUUCACGAGUCCAUCGGGGAAUUAGUUAGACUUGUGUUGCUGAAUCUAAAAGGCUGUGAAAAUCUUAGGAACCUUCCAAAUAAAGUUUUUCAGCUCAAAUCCCUAGAAAAACUGAUUCUCAGUGGAUGCUCAAGGCUGGAAGGGCUGCCCCCUGAUCUGGGCAAGUUGGUAUCUUUGAAUGGGGUUCACCCCGAUGGAACAAACUAGUUACCCACCACCGCUGGACAAUAUGAACUGUGGCAUGAACUCCUGUUCUUGGGUGUUAAAAAAUUAAAACCAGGUGGUUUGCAGUUUCGAAUCAGGAAAACUGCAGAAAAUGUUAAUGGCCUGACGAGCCUCAGGUGAUUCUAUGAUUGCAGAAUGUCAGAGCGUUUUUCUUCCAGGGAGUGAGAUUCCUGAUUGGUUUGAUGAUAAGAGUUGCGGUUAAAGUUAAACAAUGUCUUUUACUGUCCCUUUCUUCCCCAUCUCAAGUUCCAUGGCCUGAUUCUAGGAGGUUUGUAUAUGGACACGGCUUGGACUGUGAACAGACAGAAUGGAGGUAUGAAUGUAGUCUUUGAAAUAACAAAACCGAGGGUCUGAAAUGGGGUUACAGGCCAACAUUCAAAGGCACUGCACAUCAAGGCAAAGAUGUGGGCAGGUUAAGUGAUUGGAAGGUAGCUAAUUUGCUAGUGGAAGGUGGUGUUGAAGUGAAUGUCUCUCUGUGAAUGCGGCAGAGCUUUUUCAGGACAGAGAAUUGGAAUCUGGCGGCUUAUUGCGGAGUUUCAAGAAGUAGUAGAGCAAGUUAGCAAGAGUUGGUUCAAAGCACAAAAUGACUGCAUUGCUUCAAACGGAGGGAUCUCUUCUUCCUUUCUCAGCAGCUAAUGAGAAAUCAAAUUGAAGAAGGAACAGGAACAGGAACUGGAAAUCUGGGGGUGGAAAAAUAAACCCGGCAAACCUCCACGAGUUUCGCUGGUUCGGUUCUUGAAUGUUAACAAUAGGUUCUAGGUCUGAAAUUGUUGUUUUUUUGAUUCUUGAGUUAGCUUAAGAGGGUGUUAAUCUUUGUAAUUUGUUUUCAAAGAUUAAUAAAAUUCCUUUUUGCUCUUCAAAAAAAAUGUGUCUGAUUGAAGAAGAACUGAUUCUGCAACUCAGUAUAAUCAAGUUGAUACCUUUCCAAACCAA